GGCAGUGAUUGACAGAAGACGCGUCAUAAAACAGCGGAAGUCCUGCCCACCGCAGGCGGGACUUCCGGCUCUAACCGUUGUGGGUUUAGGCAGAAGGCUUGGAUCGUUUAUCGCUGGAAUGGUCCUGCUGGAGAGCGAGCAGUUCCUGACCGAGCUGACCAGGCUUUUCCAGAAGUGCCGGCCGUCGGGCAGCGUGUUCAUCACCCUGAAAAAAUAUGAUGGUCGAACUAGAUCCAUCCCAAAGAAGGGUUCUGUGGAGGGCUUUGAGCCUUCAGAUAACAAAUGUCUGUUGAGAGCUACUGAUGGGAAAAAGAAGAUCAGCACUGUGGUGAGCUCUAAAGAAGUGAAUAAGUUUCAGAUGGCCUACUCAAACCUCUUGCGAGCUAACAUGGAUGGGCUGAAGAAGAGAGACAAAAAGAGCAAGAAUAAGAAGACCAAAACAGCACAGUGAAGGGCACUUGAUUCUUGUACUUUUACCACUUAACCAGUGAAUUGGUAUUUUUCCUUUGCUUUUUACUUUUGGCCACAAAGCUAGGUUUUUGGUUCCCCUGCUGGAAACUUAUUUUCAUGUGAGAUGAGGGUCAUUUUGGAGAGAGAAAGGUUACAGUUUACAGGGAAGUCGUGUUAAGAGACUAGUUUAGUUUAGAUCUGUGCCGUAUGGUUGUGUAUUCCUAGAUUAGUUUUCAGAGGCCUCUGGUCACUUCCCUGAAGAGCAAGGUAUCAUUAAAUGUUUGUUUCCCAGCACAGUCUCUUAUUUGUCCCUUUUCUCACCCUAUUUUAAUAGUUCUGGCAAUAACUACUAGUUUGGGAAUGAUGUUUUUAAUGAAUAGGUUUUAACUCUGUCUUCUACAUUCUUGGAAUUGAAACCUGACAGUUGUGUAAGUCAUGUCAUCUUAUGGGUAUUCUUCCUCCAGUUCGUACAGUUUUAUCAUAAUUUCUUUAGCAAGUUUGACUGAGUCCUAAUAACCUAAUGAGUGUUUGCUUAAACACAUUAGAUAAAUAUAUUACAAAAUCAUCAAGAAUAAAGAUUUCCAGUUAAUGA